CAGGCUCAGCGGGAAAUUCUUGUUUUUUAGUGCAUUUGCCGGCUGUUUAAAUUAUGGCCUUUGUCAACAUGUCGCUGCCGUUGCCAGCCACGGUUAAGCUGAGCACAUCUCUCGCCAAGAAGCCGCUGAUCGAGUGCAAUCCGGGCCAGAAUGCGGCCACCAUUGGCGAUGCCAGCAUCGACGGGAUUGCAGCCGACUGAAGUGCAUUCGCAUUCGCAUUCGCAUUCGCAGCCGGUGCACGUGCCUGCCACGCCCUCAAAUCCACAGGAGAUCAAUCCGGAUCGAAGUACUCAUAGUCACGCCAAACUGCCGCCACUGGAACUGCUGGUGGAGAACAAGAUCAGCUAUAGCAGUUGCUAUCAACAGCACACGCAGGAUCUCAAGAGCCACAACCACAACCACAACCAGAGCCGUUCCAAGCGAAACUCCUUGAGUAGUCCCUCGUCCAGCGAGGAUUGUGUGAGCGCGGCCAGGGCUAGUGUCUUUGAUGACGCCGCCGAGAGCUUUGUGAUCAACUUUCCCUCGGAAUCGACGACCGCACAGCAUCUGCUGCCACUCUCGGAGACGGUGCCGCUGCUCACGCACAUUGAGGCCACGGUGGUGGAUAAGCAGCGAUCCAUAAGGCUGAAUAAGAAUAGUGCCUCGCUUAUCUUUACCAAGAAGGAGUUGUCUCAGGGAAGCCAUCAUCAGCACCAGCAGCAGCAGCACCACCACCAGCACCAGCAGAGGCGGCAGCACCACAGCAGUCUCUACGGAGUGGGCAGGAAGCCCACCAAGCAUCUGCCUCCCACUCGAGGUCAGCACCAGCGACGCAGUCUACCGCUUAGCUACAACAACAACAAUCUGGUGACCACAACUCCAGCAACACCAGCAGGAGGAGGAGUCGGAGUCGGAGUCGGAGUAGGAGUAGGAGUAGGAGCUGCAAAGCUUGUGCCGCUCAAGCAGCACCACGGACCCGGUCAGACGGCACCACCCACGGCUAACGUUGUCGGUGGAGGAGCGGGAGCUGCGGCUCCGUCCGCCCGCAAACAGCUCUCCUACUCCUGGUACGCGCCCGUCUACAGUGCACUCGAGGAGGAGCUGGAGCAGGACUCGCGGGACUCCUCGCCAAUUCACAAUCUGGCCAACACAAAGCAGCACCAGCGCUCCGCCAGCCAGAAGGCCACCAGUGCCGCCCCCACCACCCUGCAUGCCACGCCCCGCCACGCCCACGUCCACGAUUCCGGCGACGCUGAGACGGUUGCGCUGCUGGACACGCAGACGCGGAGCAAGGUCAUCAUUUCCUCGGCGAAUGGCGACACAGGCGGAGCAGGAGGAGGAGGCGGCGGAGGUGGCUCUGGAGGAACAGGAGGAGCGUUGGGAGUCAAUGGCGGACCUGGCCACGAUCUGGAGAGCUCACUGGGACUGUCGGGUGGCGGGCAGUUGCCCCGAAGACGUCGCAUCGAGAACUUUCUCAAGUCCCUGGUGGGACUCAAGGCGAGUAGCAGUCGAGCAGCAGCUGGAGGAGGAGGAGGAGGAGGCGGAGGCGGAGCCGGAGGAGGCACCGGAGUUGGCGGGAUACCCGAUCGGGAGAGGCCUGCCUCGCCGGAAAUACGGAUCACACGGACUCCCUCCGAACAGGAUGUGGUGCUUCGGGAUCCCUCUGGCCGCCAGCUAGCCAAUGGCCAUGGGCGCGGCAGCCUGAGCAUCAGUGGGUCAAGCAGCUCCCUAAAUGUCGUCCAGCAGAAGAUUUGGCACAUAAUGCGACGCGAGGGCAGCGCCAGCAGCCUGCACCAUGAGAAGUCUCAGUCCAUUGUCCAGUACACGGGACUGCGCAAGUGCGAGACGGUCCUGGCCCUCACCCGUCAAUCCCAAUCCCAAUCCCAAUCGCAGAACCAAGGCCAUGGCCUCGGCCUGAGCCAGAGCCGUAGUCAGGGUCACUCGCUGGCCGUCCAUGGCAGCGGCAUCUUCAGCUCGAGCGGCGUGGAGCAGAUCCGACCCCUGAAUCGCCUCCGAAACAGUGUGAGCAGCAUGAAUGGCGUGGGGACCUGUUCGCGCUGCUCCAGCAUCCUAUCGCUGGCUGCCUCCGGUUCACGCUACUCCCUGUCCAAUGGCUUUGUGCCCAGGCCGGACUCGGCACUGAAUCACCGGGAAGUGGAGGAGCUGCUGCAGCAGCAGCGCCGCAGUCAGGAGCCGCACAUCAACGUGAAUGCCCAGAUCAGGCUCAGCGGUGGAGCAACGGCCGGUUCGACCAGUCCCAGUCCGCCGUCCAAUGUCACAACGGCCACGCUCCACUCCAGCUGCGCCGCCAACCUGAACAGUGAGGAGCAUCAGCAUCAGCACCAGCACCAGCACCAGCAGGGAACAUCGACGCCCGCAACUCCCACGCCAACUGGAGCAGCACCUGGCGGUGAACUGGCACCCUUUGGCACAGAUCAUGCCUACCCGCUGACCGUGACUUCGCUCCUCUCCAUGGCCAGUGCCAAUCAGGCAGCUCAGGCCUGUUGUGUGCGGGAUGGAAUUGCGCUGAAACGUCGCGAGAUGCUCGCCUCUGCGGAUGUAACGCCCUCGGUGGGGACUCCGGCCACGCCCACCAAUGUGAACUUCCACCCCUUUACCUGCAAGCUGUGCCUGAUCGAUGUGGAGGAAGUGGGCGAGGCCAUGGCGCUGCAUCAGUGUGGAUGUCAGUUCUGCAUCGAGUGCAUGCGGGCCUAUGUGGAGUUUGAGAUCUCCGAGGGCGCCUACGAGAUCUCCUGCCCGGACGCCAAGUGUCCGGCCCAGGGUGCCAUCUCCCUGCCGGAGAUCGCCAGCCUGACCACAACGAAUCAGCUGAAGAAGCACCAUCGCUAUCGACUAAAUCGAGAAAUCGAGUUGGACAAGACGCGCACCUGGUGCCCGCGUGCUGGCUGCGAGACUAUCUGCGUGGUGGGCGGAGCUCCUCAGCCAGGCGCCAUUAGCCAAAUGGAUGAGUCGCCUUCGACCUCGCAGAGCUACACGCCCCAGCAGGAGGCGGCAUCGGGCAGUGCAGGCGGAGUGGGAGCAGGUGCCGAGGCCGGAAAUGGAACAACCGUCGUCCUAUCCGUGGCCGUGCAUUGUCCCUCCUGCAAGGACGAGUUCUGUGGCCUCUGCAAGAAGGCGUACCAUCCAAACAUUAGUUGCGACGAGUUUGGACGCCGGCUGAUUGCCGAUGGCCAGGACGACAUUGGGAUACCGUUCGACAACGAGCUGAUCAAGUGCUGCCCCAUGUGCGCGGUGCCCAUCGAGAAGGACGAGGGCUGUGCCCAGAUGAUGUGCAAGCGCUGCAAGCACGUCUUCUGCUGGUACUGCCUGGCCAGCUUGGACGACGACUUCUUACUGCGUCACUACGACAAGGGACCGUGCAAGAACAAGCUGGGUCACUCGCGGGCCUCCGUGGUCUGGCAUCGCGCCCAGGUGAUCGGCAUCUUUGCUGGUUUCGGUAUCCUGCUGUUGGUGGCUUCACCCCUGCUACUUUUGGCCGCUCCCUGCAUCAUCUGCUGCAAGUGUCGAGGCUGCAGCGGCUCCAAGAUCGACGAGGUGGAUGCCGAGCUCGAGGAGGAGGUCACCGCCUUGCAAGGCUAGGUGACUGUGCCUCCGACUCCUUCGGCAGAAGCCCAUUCUAUUGUUAAUGACGACGAGCAGCUUACGUACAUUUAUUUUAGUUAUUAUAAUUGCAUAUGUGUUAACUAAAUUGUGAUAUUUACCGUGA